AUGACGGCAGAAGUGCUCGACUAUGCCGACGGUGUGGCCAUCUUGCUCUUCACAUUUCAUGGAAUUGGCCUCUUCCUCUUGCUCGGCACCUCACUGGCGAUUCUCAUCAGCAGAUCCCGCCAUCAGCUGACUGCGACCCUAUCGCUACUACUCUGCACAGCCAGUCUCGCUGAAGUCUUUGCCCUGUUGCCUGUUUUGGGCUCGACGUGGCGGUAUGCGGAUCCAACGAUCCCGCUGCUCUCAGCCAAUUUACCCGUCGAUACGCCGGAGUCGAGCAUCUGUCUGACCAGUGCAGUCGGUCUGCGAGUCUUACGCCUGGCGCUGAUAUCGCUGGCGCCUGCUCUCGCCUGCGAAAUGCAUGCCGCCACUUCGAUUCGAUUGGAUAGCUUCCAUCUGGACCGUCGCGAAGGGUCACGACGAUGGAAACUGCUAGCAGCUCUGUCGCUAGCAUUCCUCAUACCUGUCGCCGACCUCAUCGUCGUUAUACUCAGCACAGUUCGGCAGCCUCUUGUUCAUGCGGGUCCGACGCGAUGUAUCCUCAUCGAGCCUCUCGACGACUUGAUCGAAGCGAUCUUGGCUUGCUUCUCAGCCACUAUCGCAGUAGCUGUAGCAUGCUGGUCAUACGUUCGUUCGACGCGCGAAAACCAUUCGCGAAGGUUUUCGGCCUCCAGCGUGCAAACCGACCGUCCAAGAGCUUUGCAAGCGCUCUUACUCCUGGCACUGGCGCUCGGGACCGCAGCGAUCGUCAUGCAAGGCAACGUACUCAACGGCGUCAGAGCAGCGCAACUUGCCGCCGACAUCUGGAACGCAGUCUUGCCAGUCUUGAUCUCCAUAGUCGUCGCUUUAUGUGCAAUCAUGCGCGCAAGGCAUCCGAACGAGCUAUACCUUCGCAAAAGCGCAAGCUCAGACAACGUUGCUUCGAUAGAUGGCAUCGCGCUGCGCAAGCAAGAUGGGUCGUCGCGAGGAGACACGCCACUGCCGCUGUUUCUGAAAGCUGACUACACAGCCUCUGAAACACAUGUCAUCGGCGACACAGAUUUUGCGAGGACGGAGCUCAGCGGCCAAAUUCAGCCGAACAUUGCAUUGCGAACGCUGUCCCGGCGGGAGAGUCACAGAACACAGCUAUCGCAAGACUUUGGCUAUCUCUCAAACUUCAUCGAGCCAUCUAUCGACUCGGCAGAGCGGAAGCUUCCCUCGGACUGGCCGAGGCAUCUCACGACAGCCGAUGCAAGCGACUUGUUCCGUGAUCCUAGCCGGCGCCGUCUGGCUAAACUAUCGAUACCGGAGGAGACGAUGCGGAUGUCGUCUGGCGAGCGUCAGCUGCGCUUCGGAUCGCCCGAGUAUUUCAGCGCAGAGACUGUGGGCGAGUCGCGAUUUGCAAGCGAUCCCUUUGCGUUUGACGCCGUCAUCAAUGUGAGGCAACCGUCCCAAGAACUCGUUCAGCGUGCCACGCCACAAGAUCCCAGGCAUUUGAUGACGCCUCCGAGUCACGGGCUAUACUCGGGUACAGCAGGUGACUUGUCGGUGCCUCGUGCCUCCGAGCUCUUCCCGCUGCCAACAGGCUCAGGAUCCUUUACAUUCGAUGGCAACACGUCGUGGACGCAAGGUAUCUAUUCGGCCUACUUGACCAGUCCAGUCGAGGUGGACGAGAUGACGUUCUCGAACGACGAGGAAGCGAUUGACGAGUCACAAUGGUACCGAUCUCGAGAGAGCAGUCGGGUCGAACGAGAGCGUCGAGCGAUAGCUCGUGCAGCACUGGCAGAAUCGAAGCGAUUGAAGAUGAAAGCCAACGAAUCUGUCUUGCGUGCGCUACGAUCUCCCGAAAGCAAUGCGACCAAGGCAUCGAUCGUGAGGGCAGCACAGAGAUCUGCUCGAGAAGAGGGCGGCGCGACAGAUGAGGCUUAUAGGUAG